AUGGAAUUAACUAAUCUUAAGUCAAAUAUUUCUAAUGAAAACAUGAUCGAUGAAUUUAUUAAAAAUGAAAUUCGACAAGGUUUUCCUGGUGCUGCUCUUGUCGUAAUUCAACAUGGUAAAAUACUAAAACAAACUGUCUAUGGUUAUAAAUUAAAAUACGAUAAAAAUGUAACAAUAAUAAAACAACCACGACUACUAACAUUAGAUACAAUGUUUGAUUUGGCAUCAUUAACUAAAAUGUAUGCAACAAAUUAUGCAUUUAUGCAUCUAGUUGGGCAAGGAGCAUUGAAAAUUGAUGAUCCAAUUAAAAAAUAUAUACCUCAAUAUUGUGGAUGUAAUCCUAAAAACGAAUGUCGUGAAACAAGAUUAAUAAAAGAUUUAGUGACACAUACAGCUGGAUAUGCUUCAAGUAUUCAUUUUUAUAAUCCGGCAAAAGUUCCUUCAGAACUAUUUUCACAAGAUAAGCAUAAAACCGAAGAAAUUAUCGAAACAAAAUUAGGAUUUCAACGAUCGAGAGGCGAUCAUCAAUUAUCGGUUUAUUCCGAUAUUGAUUAUAUACUUUUGGGUUUCGUUAUAGAGCAUAUAAGUGGAAUGACAAUUGGUCAAUAUGUUAUGAUUAAUAUUUAUGAAUCACUAAGUCUAAAACAUACAUUAUUUAAUCCUUUGCAUAAUUCACAUUAUGCAAAAUCUGAUUUUGCUGCUACUGAAUUAAAUGGAAAUACGCGUAAUCAUACAAUCAACUUUCCUAAUAUACGUAGACAUGCAUUGCAAGGUGAAGUUCAUGACGAAAAAUCAUUUUAUUCAAUGAAUGGUUCAUCAGGACAUGCUGGGUUAUUUUCAAAUUUAAAUGAUAUGUCAAUUUUAAUUCAAAUUAUGUUAAAUAAAGAUACUUAUGAAAAUAUUAAAUUUUGA